AUGGACAAAAACAUAACAUAUUCUAUAGGAUGUAAAGCGCUAUACUUUGAGAUAGCUACCUAUGAUGGAUUGAGACGAUUAGCUUUUAAUCUUGAUAUUGAAGAAGUUGUUUUUUCUCAAUUAACUGAAGAUAAUAAUGAUGUAAGAACCGAAAAAAAUACAAAACCAAGUGGAAAAAAAGCUGACCAAAAUAAAAUUAUUAAUAAAUUCGAAGAAUUUCUAAUUAAUAAUAUUAAAAGAGAUAACGAGGGUGAACUUUAUUAUAGACAUCUAAUUAAUUAUCAUAUAUUACCAAAAAGUUGUGCGAAAGGGAAAUGGAAACAAUGUGAUAUUGGUCCAUCUUAUUUUCUUGAUUUACAAAAAGAAAAAUGGGAUGACCUUUUGAUUAAAUAUGAAGUAGUUAAUGAAGAUAAAACUGCGUUAGAAAAACAUGUUCAUGAAUUUCGUAAUUACGAUUUUAAACUUCAAGUUGAACGGAUAAAUACAAACAAUUCUAAAGUAUAUUUUUUAAAUGAGAGCGACGAAGUUAUUUUCAUACCAAAAAAUAUUUCAUGUAAAAAUAUUACCGCUGGAGACCUCGAAAAAAGCUUUACUUUGGAUGAUACCGAAUGUUUUUUAUUAUCAUGGUCUGAUAGUUAUGAUUUUUUAUAUGAAUCCGAAAAAUUUUUUUCAUUAUACAAUCAAAAACAGCAACAAGAAAAAAAUCAAAAUAGA